UCGUUUGCUGAAACACUAUUUAGUUCACAUGUGGUGAGCAUAGCCACUCUGUGUCCAACUUCGAGCAUCCACAGCACUAUGGCUUCAUCCCAACCUCGUUCCCCCAAAGCGCUGCCAUCUCCACCCUCUACAGGCCACGGAACUGCAGAUAACCCUUCUCCUCGCUUACGCUCACCUGCUACAAUCGAUAGUUUAACCCCACGCAAGCGCAAGACCCCAAUAUCGAUACGACACGAGCCUCAAUACAUUGGAGAGCAGAGCCGACCACUUGCUCCAAAGUCAGAAUCGGUGGUGAUGCUGAGUUACGACCAUCCAAAAACUCCCGUCGGCUUGCAAAUUCCCCUUAGUAAGAGGGCUAAGCCUACGCCCGAGCGUAUCGUUCAAUCCAGAGAGAAUGCAACAAAUGAGAAGCCAAUAAAGGUUGUCGCCUCCAAGGAAAAACCAUGCAGAUCUCUCUAUAGUGAGAACGAGAAAAGGUCGGCAGGAGCAGAGUCAGUAAACACAUCAACUAGUCGAGCGACAAUGCUCAACGGCAUGAUGAUUGACUUGGAAGAUGGGAUCUAUCCGGAGGGAGAGCCACCCUCCGAUCUUCACUCAGGGAGCGUACAACUUCAUGACAGACUUAAAAAGAAGCUUGGACAAAAGCUCACCCCAAAGGAUCAGAGAGGGUGUGUCUACAUAUUCUCUGACCCGAAAAGACCUCAUCUUCAUAAGAUCGGGAGAACCAAGGAAACACUUAAGCGGAUGGGUCAGCUCAAUCUCUCCUGUGGACUUCAGCUGGAGCUUGUAGGAAGUGUGGAAGUCGAAAAUUAUUUUCGGACCGAGAUCCUCAUCCACACAUACAUCUCCGAUCUUUGUCGGCCUUACAAAUGCGCAGUAUGUAAUAAAAAACACGGCGAAUGGUUCGAGAUCAACAAAGAACCUGCACAAGCAUAUGUGGCGAGGUGGGUGGCUUUCAUGAACAAAGAAAAUCCGUACGACGCGAAAUCAAAAGAUCUCCAUGCUUUCUUCAGGAACCGGAUUAGUCUUCGAGAUAAUCUCUUGACGGGCCCUGAUACCGAAACUAUCCGGAAGAAUUGGGAGCAAAUCUUGUCGACGACUGCUGCAGACCGCUUUGGGUACACCUUCAGAAGUAUAUGGGAGGUCCUUUGGCAGUUCUACUGGCCGAUCAAUGCCAUGGUUGCGUGGACGAUAACUUUUGUUGCCAUUCAGCAUCCUGUCAUGUUCAUAUUCAUGGCUGCGUCUGUGAUCGGCACUUUUGUCACCAUGGCUCAUGACUUGCAUGAUCUGUGGCACGACACCAAAGUGUCGAAAAGAAGACGUUCGAAGUGACAACAAAUGAGAUUUUUCCCGUCUUGUAGCCACAGGACAAUUUUGUCUCGGAGGGUAGAAAUUCAGAUUCGUUCCCCAAGUCUUUCAUAAAUCUUUCUUACAAAAAUAAGCGGCUAGCAGGUUAAGUCAGAUUGUCACAUAGGUUUUCAUGCGCAAUGUACUCAUUGAUACCACCGCAGAUAGGAUCUCUUUAGGCAAAGAAACCUACUACAGCAAUCCAAAUAC